UAAGUAAGGAAUAUUGUAUACAAUUAAAAUAAUGUUGAUUUCUAAGCCCCUGAAUAAUAAGAGGGGGUGCUUUAGGUAAAAUAAAUGGCUAAUGCUGGACCUAUUGGAAUAUGGUACAUAUGACCCCCAUAUCUGUGGACUCUAUAUCAAUGGUUUCUCUUAUCCAUUUCCCCAAAAUAUAUUUCCACCAGAAGUGUUCGUGCGCCUGCCUAAGUCUUCCAGUGCUACUUUUUGGCAAGUGUAGUCAAAAUAUUAUCCUCGGUUUUAGUCUCCUUUGUGGAAACUAAAACAACAACAACAACAAUAGAUAUCCAUGAGAGUAUUGAAACAUAUCCCCUGUGGAUAUUGGGUAAUACUGUAACUGCUCAAAACCCUAUGGCAGCAUACCAUUCUAUAUUAGUAUAUUUGGAUGUCACUGAGGCCUGCCAGGGCUUCUAGCAGCGGAAAUAAAUGAAAGAAUCCUGUCCUUCAGUAAAUCAGCUGACUCCCAAAUUCCACAGAUAUCUGACUGAGGACAGAGCUACGUCAAAGGCCUAAUGGAGAAGAUAUCUGUAUUAGCAGUUGUGCAUUUCUACCCAGCGUUUGGAAGCAAUGCCUUAGGAGUACUGCAGCGCUUUUACAGGCUCUUUCCUGGACACCAGCAGGAGCACGAGGCAAAUAUGUCAGCUGACAGUUUGUCAAGCAAAGCCCUAAAGAUCAAACGGGAGAUGGGAGAGAACACGCCGCACCUCUCCGACGAAGAGCUAAUGGGUUUGUCAGUGCGGGAGCUCAACCACCACCUGCGAGGCCUGUCCAAGGAGGAGGUGGCGCGGUUGAAGCAACGCCGGCGCACGCUGAAGAACCGAGGCUAUGCAGCCAGCUGCCGGGUCAAGCGGGUGUGUCAGAAGGAAGAGCUGCAGAAGCAGAAGACCGAGUUGGAAAGGGAAGUCGAUAAGCUAGCGCGUGAGAACGCCGCCAUGCGCCUGGAGCUGGAUGCCCUCCGUGGCAAGUACGAGGCGCUGCAGGGCUUUGCCCGCACCGUCACCGCUCACGGCGCUACCGCCAAGGUGGCUACUGCCAGCGUCAUUACUAUUGUCAAAUCCGGCUCCAACCAGGCCACAUACUCCUAGUGUCUACAAGCCAAGUCGCGAACUGAGUCCUGUUGCCAUGCCUCUGCCCAGCUCUCACCUAGAACGGCUGUAGAUGCACUGGUUCCCUCCCCCUCUCUUCUGCCGUCGGAAGGAGACAGAAUCGACUUGAAGACAAAAUUCCUGGAUAUUUAACUUCCCCCUCUGCCCACCAUGUUCAUGGAAGAGGGUGGGAAAGUGGUGUCUGAAUUGUGUAAUUUAACCUGUUAAUGUUACCUGUUGAUUGGAAUGCAGUGGCCAGUUUUUUUGUCCUCCCCCUCCUCACAAAAAAAGACUAUGUCUAUCUUCCAUGUUAUGUUUGUCAGGGUUUAUUCUCUUGCUCCUUCAGCACACUUUAAGUUAAAUUAAUAUAAUAGGAUGUGCUUCGAGAGGACUCUUAGUUGCAAGGGUAGUGAAAGGGAAAGAAUGUCUCUGUGAGGAAGCAAAAGGGAUGCAGGAGUCAACAGGAGCUGGGGAUAUACUAUCCUUCUAAGAGGUCAACAGAAACUAGCUCAAUUUCCCUGGUGGUCCUGCUGUGACACAGCCCAAUAUGUGCCAAUGUUGCAGGCUCAGCUUUCCUUAUUUUUUGAAUAACUCUGCUCGCCUCGGCUCAGAAAUCUAUUAUUUCUUCUAUGUGGAAGUGGAGUUGUUUGACCUCUCUGAUGCUCCUGUCCUGAUGUUAGGCUUCCAAUACGCAACUGGCUUGACUUAUGUGUGAACUGAAUACUGGACUAGAUUGACCUUCAAAUUGAUCCUGCUUCUUGACAGGGGGUUGGACUGGAUGGCCCGUGAGUUCUCUUCCAACUCUAUGAUUCUAUGAUCCAGCUUGUAUUUUACCUUCAUAUAAACUGUUUGCAUGAGCAAACUCCAGCCAUGCUGAGCUGUUGAUGCGUGAGCAACAAAAGAAAAGAGGAACUUAGUUGUAGGAAGAGGUGAGAAAGGGAAUUAUUGCUAUGUGGUCAUAAGGGUGGUGAGAGGAAAGGGAGGGUCAUGGAGGUGCGUGCCAAGACCAGAAGACAGUUGCCAUCAUCCUGUCUGAUGACAAUGAUAAAACACUGCACAACACCGUAAUUGGAAGGGACAAUUGUUGUCUUCAGAAGCGUGCAUACAUCAUCUUAGUUUGUGUACACUUUUAUUUUUAACAGUGUUCUUAAGCUGAGGUUGCAAGUUCUUUGGCAUGGAAUGGGAGCAGUUUUCUAAAGAGGGAAAAGAAUGUGGAGAAAGUAUAGUGGAGAGGAGAGGCCGGACAAUGUUGGAUCAAGCAAGUGAGACUGGUGGAGAGAGAAAGGGCAGCAGGAUUGUGUCUGAAAUCUUAUGGAAGCCUUUUCAGUUCUAAUAUGGUUAGUUUGUGGGAUGAGCAGUAGCUGUGGUCGUCUUGAUGCAGUUUUACAGUAUUCGUGCUGAGUAUAUGGCAAUGGAAUCACUGGGUUGUUGUGAGUUUUCCGGGCUGUAUGGCCAUGUUCCAGAAGGAUUUUCUCCUGACGUUUUGCCCACAUCUAUGGCAGGCAUCUUCAGAGGUUGUGAGGUAUAUUCCUCAACUGUCAUCCAAUAAAAAAAAAUCAGUCCAGUGAGAAAGUGUUAAUUAACUUAGAUCAACAUAUGUGAAAAUAGAUUCUUUCUGAUGUUAAAAAUUAUGUUCCAUCUGCCAUCAGGUUUGAAAUUGUGUUUACGAUUUUAGUCCCAGCAGGGAUCAUGAGGAAAGAAAGAACAUCUGCUGAGGGAGAUUGGCACACACAAUUAUUUAAUAAUAUUAAGAGGUUGCAGCAACUGUGUCAGGAAUGGCUUGUGUGCAGGUUGCCCCUGAACAAAUAGGAAGGAGGGAGGAUAGACUGUAAUUAUAGAUGGGUCUUGGAGAUACCUUCUGCUCUUACAUGUUUGUGCUAACAUAUGAACCAGUGAGUAUUUGUGGGCAGUCACUUCCAGGCAUGUGCCACAGUGACUUCUUCAAGUGACAAAUGAUUAACCCUCUAAUUUUUUUAGACAUAUGGUUGGGUUCACCCAUCCUGCAGCUUACCAUGACAACCACCCCUGGGAUGGAAUCAGCUUUUAAACCAGUGUUGUCUGUCCGUCCAUCCGUCCGUCCCUCCUCCCUCUCCUACUCUUUGAUGAUUCUUAUGGGGGAGGGUUCCACCCCUUUGCAUUUCCCACCCUUGUUUCUCCUUGUUCCUACCCUGUGACUUAUUUAUUGCACGAAUAUAAGUUAUUUUCACGUCCUUUAUGCCAUUCCGCCUUGUGGCACGGCCAGGAUGUUGGUACAGAGCCGUACUUUAUAUUUUAUAUAUGCAAAUCACAUUUUAUCUUCUAUAGAGCAAGAAAAAAAGUACUUAUUUAUUUUCUGACUUACAGUAAGUGUCCUGCAAGACUCCUCUGUAUUUUGUAGACUUUACAAAUAAAGCCAGAUUUUUUUUCCAAAAUGGAAAAGCUGAAAACAA